GAAAUAUUUGCAUUAACGACCAGCAUAGAGAUAUUUGAACCGAUAAGACAAUAUUGCAGAAGACUGCAGAUUCUAGUCAAGUAGUCAGUAGUAUUUCUUGGUAUUUCUCAACUAGUGUUUUCAACGAUGAGUUUACAUUCAAUUUCAGAUUAUUUCGACGACAUAACAAUGUCAAGGCGUAGGGGCACAAAAAGCAGUGAAGUUCUUUACUCCCAAUUGCCCACGAGUGACCAAGGCUUCACCGAUGCCCAAUUUCUAGUACCGGCUCAAAAAGUACCUUGGAAGGCAAUCGCUUUAGCUACAAUGUUACUUGUCGUUGGUACAAGUUUACUUGUUUUCGGAUGCAUGGUUGUAACGGGGCAUAUUGUUCUUCAGUAUUCGGAUAGAAUGUGGCCUAUGAUAAUUUUAGGUGUGUUAAUGUUCAUACCGGGGGCCUAUCAUAUAAGAAUUGCUUAUUAUGCGUACAAAAAAGUGCCUGGGUUUUCAUUCGAUGAUAUCCCCGAGUUUGAAUAGAAGCUUAAUUGUUUUGGGACUUAAUUAAUAUUUUAAAUACAAGUAUUAACUAACAAAAUAACGCUUUAAAAUAUGUUAUUUAUAUUAAAGAUUUUGUAACUACGCAUUUUAAUAGUUGUGAAAACUGGAGAACUAAAAGAUUUUAAAUUAUAUUCUAGUCAUUUAAAGUAAUUUUUUAAGUAUUUGUUAUAUCACUUUAUCAGUAACAAAAGGCAAAAUG